GAGCCAGGACUGCCCUGUCCCCGGGAUGACUGCAGCCACCCGGGCCAACCCCUAUAGCGUUGUGUCAUCUGAGGAGGACGGGCUGCACCUGGUCACCAUGUCGGGCACCAAUGGCUUUGGCAAUGGCAAGGUUCACACGCGGCGCAGGUGCCGAAACCGCUUUGUCAAAAAGAAUGGCCAGUGCAACAUUGAGUUCGCCAACAUGGAUGAGAAGUCGCAGCGCUACUUGGCUGACAUGUUCACCACCUGUGUGGACAUCCGCUGGCGCUACAUGCUGCUCAUCUUCUCCCUGGCCUUCCUCGCCUCCUGGCUACUGUUUGGUGUCAUUUUCUGGGUCAUUGCUGUGGCCCACGGAGACCUGGAGCCGGCUGAGGACCGCAGCCGCACGCCCUGUGUCUUGCAGGUCCAUGGCUUCAUGGCAGCCUUCCUCUUCUCCAUUGAAACGCAAACCACCAUUGGCUACGGGCUGCGCUGCGUGACAGAGGAGUGCCCAGUGGCUGUCUUCAUGGUGGUGGCACAGUCCAUCGUGGGCUGCAUCAUAGAUUCCUUCAUGAUCGGUGCCAUCAUGGCCAAGAUGGCCAGGCCCAAGAAGCGGGCGCAGACACUGUUGUUCAGCCACAACGCUGUGGUGGCGCUGCGCGACGGCAGGCUUUGCCUCAUGUGGCGUGUGGGCAACCUGCGAAAGAGCCACAUUGUGGAGGCCCAUGUGAGGGCUCAGCUCAUCAAGCCAAGGGUCACGGAAGAGGGCGAGUACAUCCCGCUGGACCAGAUCGACAUUGACGUGGGCUUUGACAAGGGCCUCGAUCGCAUCUUCUUGGUGUCGCCCAUCACCAUCCUGCAUGAGAUCGACGAGGCCAGCCCGCUGUUCGGCAUCAGCCGGCAGGACCUGGAGACAGACGACUUUGAGAUUGUGGUCAUCCUGGAGGGGAUGGUAGAGGCCACAGCCAUGACCACACAAGCCCGUAGCUCCUACCUGGCCAACGAGAUCUUGUGGGGCCACCGCUUCGAGCCUGUCCUCUUUGAGGAGAAGAACCAGUACAAGAUUGACUACUCACACUUCCACAAGACCUACGAGGUGCCCUCCACCCCCCGCUGCAGUGCCAAGGACCUGGUGGAGAGCAAGUUCCUGCUGCCCAGCACCAACUCCUUUUGCUAUGAGAAUGAGCUGGCCUUCAUGAGUCCUGACGAGGGGGACGAAACGGAUGACGACCAAGACAGCAGCCGCCCUCCGGCUGGACACGACUUCCCCAGACCCCAGACUUGCGGCGGCGCCCUGGCGCAGCGGCCCUACCGGCGGGAGUCGGAGAUCUGAGCUGCCACUGGUCGAGUGCAGCAUCCACCCAGCCAGGGAGAGGCCCGCAUCCCUUGAGGGUCCUGGGUUUGAGCAGAACAGGCCAGGUGCCCUGCCUGCAGACUCAGUAGCGUUUUAGGUGUUUUAUGUUUCUUCACAAUGGCCUUGGAAUUGGAAGGUUGACAAGAGAGUGGGUGGCUGGAGCAGGCAGUCC